GUCAAUUUAUUUUAUUUAGCAUUUUGUGUGUUUUGAUUUUGCCUCGUCAAUAAAAUAUCGAAAGAAAAUAAAGUAAAACUGUAGAUUGCAACCUCAGUAACUCAAUAUGCACAGGAAUUUGCCCCAAAAUAAAGAAGCAUUGCUAAAAUCUUAUACGACACGGCUAAAAGAGGAUGUAAAGAGCAUGUUGGAAAACUUUGAAGAAAUCAUAAAACUUGCAAAAGGCGACAAUGAAUCUCAACUGAAUCGGAUGACACAAAUUGAGCAAGAUACUUUUGAAAUGCAAGUCAGAGCUGCCAAUAUUGUGCGGGCUGGAGAAUCACUAAUGAAGUUGGUUUCAGACAUCAAACAGUAUUUAAUAUUAAAUGAUUUUCCUUCUGUUAAUGAAGCUAUCACACAAAACUCUAAAUUGUUCCGAACAAAACAACAAGAAUGUGACCAAAAACUGAUGUCCCUUCGAGAUGACAUUGCAGCCGAUUUGUAUGACUUGGAAGAUGAAUACUUUACAAGCAUUUAUAAGUAAUGGGUAGAUUAGGCAUAAUUACUUUUAAUUAUUUACUAAAUUAAAUGUAAGAGCAUC